AUGCGUAACCUUCACCAACAACCUCCUUCCUUACCAUUUUCCACUGCGUUAGCUGACCCUCCUCACCCACCACCACCUUCUGGCUCUGUUCUUCCCUCUUCCUCUAACUCCUCUGCUAACACCCAGUUUCCCAACUUCCAAAAUACAGUCGAGUUCUUGCAAGAUCAGAAUGAUGCUCUACACCUUUCAAUGGAAAAGCUCACACAGCAGGUCCAAGCUUCUCAGGCUGCCUUUGAGAACAAGAUCUCAGCCCAGAUUUCUUCGCUGCAAAACACUAUUGUGGCGGCAGCUUUCUACCGUCCGAGCACACAAAUAUCCCCCCAAACAGAUCUGUUCUUGAACCAGUCAAGCGGCAGCUCCACACCCCACCCUCCUCCCCUCCUGUGGCCUUCUCUCUCGGCUCCACAGCAACCCACUUUUCCGCCCACCAUCCUUCCUUCCCAAACAUCACCUCUGUCCGGGAUGUCGAGCAGCACCACGACGUACUCGGUGGUCACUACGCCGAACCACACCACUACUCCACUCCCUCCUCCUGGUUUUACAAGCUUCUCUGCUCCAUCCCAAUCUACCCCACCAGGUUUUGUUUCACAUCCCAAUUCAUCACAGUUCCCUCCCCGUUACAAUUCCAACCCACCUCCAAACCAGGAACCGCCGCAUUACAAGGCACCGAAAGUGGAGCUCCCACGGUUUAAUGGCAAGGAUGUAUUGGGCUGA